GAAGCAGAGAUCAGUCUCAAAAUAAGCUCCCCUAGUCCUUACCUCAUCUCUGUGUCUCUCUGUUUCUUGCAGUUUUAUGUAUAAAGAGAGAAAAAGAGUAAAGAGAGAAUCGUGUGGGUUCUUCUCUUCUUUUUUGUUAUUGCUAUUGCUAUUGCUAUUGCUUUCCCUAUCCCUUUCUUCCUUUCUUCCUUUCUUCUUUGCCCCAUCCACAAAUUCAAAGAAUUUAAAGAAAGCCUCCAGCUUUAUCUUUCUUUCCUGCCAAACACACCUUUCUUUUUUUUUUUCAAAUGGUAGAUUUGCAGUUUUGGAUCGUCAAAAGAGAAAAAUAAAUAGAACCCACUUCUAUUUUUUGCCUUGUUAAAUCUGAUAACUCUGUUUUUGCUCUGUUUUAGCAAGGCAUUGUGGAAAGGAGUUGGGUUUUUGGGUUUUCAAGUUCUGUUUUGUUAUUUCAUUUUCGCCAAUUGUUAAAAAAAGAAGAAGAAAAUCAUCGGCUUAAUUUUAUUUUAUUUUUGGUCAAAAUGAGUCUAAAACACCUAAGGAGUAACAACAUUGGUUUUAAUGGUUAUCGAGACAUGAACUUUUUGCCUCCGCCUCCUUCUUCUCAAUUAUCUCUCUCUAAAACUAAUACAUUUGGGUUAAUGGGUAAACCAGAAACCAAAAGUCCUCAAAUGGAUUUUCAGGUUUUGGGCCAUUCAAUGGACCAACAAGUAGAAAACAGAGGAACUAAGAGGCCUAACGAUGAUGGAAGUGAUGGCUAUUUGGUUGUUCAAAACAAAGGUCUUGCUUUACAUUUAGAUGAAGAAGAAGAGCCUAAAAACUCUGUUUCUGGUAAAAAUGGACACACAAAGCUUUGUGCUAGAGGCCAUUGGAGACCAGCUGAAGAUGCUAAGCUUAAAGAGCUUGUAGCCCAAUAUGGCCCUCAAAAUUGGAAUUUGAUCGCUGAGAAUCUUGAAGGAAGAUCAGGGAAAAGUUGUAGAUUAAGGUGGUUCAACCAACUGGAUCCAAGAAUCAACAGAAGAGCUUUUACUGAGGAAGAAGAAGAAAGACUAUUAGCUGCCCAUAGACUUUAUGGCAACAAAUGGGCAAUGAUUGCUAGGCUUUUCCCUGGCAGGACUGAUAAUGCAGUUAAAAACCAUUGGCAUGUGAUUAUGGCUAGAAAACAUAGAGAACAAUCAAGCAUUUACAGAAGAAGAAAGCCCUCUUCUUCUUCUCAAAUCCUCUUACCACCAACCAGCAGAGGACUCAAUGUUACUUUACAUAACAAUGCUUCCAGUGAAUCAACAACCCUCUCUAGCACCAUUGAUGAAUCUGCCUCAACUUGCACUACUGAUCUCUCUCUCACACCUUCUUCAACCAAAGCACCUCCUAGACUUUUCACUAGGUUCAAUCCCCAACGAUAUUCACAAAUGGGUGGAUAUGCAGAAAAAGAGGUGGCUAUGGGAUUGGGAAAUGGGGAAUUGGACAAGUUGUAUAGGAAUAGCAGCAGCAGUAGUAGCAACAGCAAAGAAAUGUAUGAAAUAGGGUCGAUGAGAGUGGUGGUUAUGGGGGUGGACCAAUCUGGUCAGUCAGAUUCUAACUCGGAAGUGUCUGCAACUGAGUCAGUAGGUACCAACAGGAUCAAUCCCUCUCUCUCUGGUGGUGACAAUGAGAAAAUCAACAUGCCCUUUAUUGACUUUCUUGGAGUAGGAGCGACAUAGGUUGAGUUUGGUUUUUGGUAUAAUUUUAGUGAAAACUAGGUGAUAACAAUGUAUGGUGACAAUUAUGUAUUUAAUAUUAUAUAUAUAUAUCCAGUGAAAAUUUAAAAUUUUUCUUUUCUUUAA